GUUCUUCCUUGGCUUUGAAGGAAACCCGAAAUUGGCCCUUUCAUGGUAGGCCUGUUGUAUGGACAAGUCAUAAAUCACAAUAAGCACCUAUAUUUGCGGGCCGUGACGAUCUGCAGCCCGGUGCACUAAAGUUAGGCUAUAAAUUCAAGCCUCCGGAUUCAGCUAUCUACUGAGUAUACUACUCAUGCAUUGAUUAUGAAGGAUACGGACUGCUGAGCACCGAGUACGCAGUUUGGCGCCAGAAGGAUGGAGCUUCAGCCGGCUGUGGGAGCCCUGGACGAGUCGGAGGACGUGGGCUUCUACUUCAAGUACUAUGGUGGCAUCGAUUUCUGCGGCCCGGACGCGGCGCCGGCUUCCGACGCGCCGGGCGCCACCGGGCUGGUCGCGGCCAGCAGCAAGCAUGGGCUUGUGUUUUUCAGCGACCUGCAAGGCGUGUACGCGCUCCGCACGCGCGACCUGCCUGCGUUGCUGAGCAAGGCCGUGGGCACUGAGAAGUACGCUCGACCCCAGCCCGCCGACGUGUGCGCCUGGCACGCCGGCCUGCGCGGCGUGACGGCCGUGUGCCUGUCUGCGGACCAGGCGGUGUUGGCGGCGGUGCAGGGCGGCGAAGGCCGCGUCAGCUUCUUCCCUUUGGCUGCCAUGACUGGCCCCGGCUCCGGCGCGCACUGGAGCCUGGAGCUAGGCAGUGUGCAGUCGUUUGCGUGGAGCAAGAGCGGCGCACUGCCCCAGGCGUUCCUGGCCGUGACCGCGGACCGGGCGCUGGUUCUGGGGCGGUAUGGCGACGCCGGCGCCGCGGUGGUGGUGGCUCCGUCUGGCGUGUAUGCCGCGGACUGGUGUCCCUCGGAUGCGCCUGUAUUUGGCUACAGCACAGGCCGGCGCCUGGCUCUGGUGUCCGUAGCGGCGGACCUGUCUGUGUGCGAGGUGGCUGGCUUGCCUCUUGAGCACCCCGGCGAGGCUGGCGCAGUGUUUGAGAGCGUGUCGUGGGUGCUUCCCGAUGCAUUGGUGCUGGGCGCUACACCGGUGGAGGAGGGCGGCGAUGCGGAGGGCACGGACGAGCUGUGCUGCCUGCUGCAGCUGCAGGGCUGGUCUGCGGGCAGCGGCGUGGCGCCGUCUGGCGCUGAGCUGCUGACUGCGCCGCCUGGCUUCGUGGAGGACGGCUGCACGCCAUGUCUGUCGGGUCCCUACCUGCACGCGGUGUGCCUGCCCAGCUGGGGCGCCAUCGUGCGUGCGCACCGCAAGGCGUCGGACGACCAUGUGCAGUUGCUGCGCGUGCGCGAGGGCGUGUUCGGGUCUGGCGGCGCGGCGCAGGCGGUUGCGAUCACGGAGGACAAGCUUGGCAUCCGCCUGCCCAAUGGCCGUGACGGCGACAACAACUAUGUGCUGGGUCUGGCUCUUGACACGACCGUGCCGCUGGACCCCAUCCCCAACCCUCUGAAUGCGGAGAAGCCGCCCCUGACGCCGCCGCCUGUGCUGCUGGUGGCGACGUCUGACGGCGUGCUGCGUGUGUACGGCUUUGGCCACGAGGAGCUUUCCAGCCCGGUGCGGCCAGGGCCCGACAGCGUGGUGCCGCUGCCGGCGGCGCCGCCCGCGUGGGCCACUGCCGCCGCCUCUCCAGCUGGGUUCAUGCCGUCUGGCUCGGCGCCGGACAUGACGGACACGGCCGCGCGGGCGGCGUUGCCAGAUGAUGACGAUGACCUGGAGGAGUCGGAGGGCGACGCGGAGGGCGGUACGGGCGGCCGCGCCAUGUCCACCGGCACGCAGUCAGCGGCGGCCGGCGGCGGCGGCUCCAUGGCGGCCUCGGGCGCGGGCGGCCGCGGCUCACCGCUGAGGGCUUCCAGUAGCUCCUCGGCCCUGGCGGCCCAGGCAGGCCAGGCGGGCGGCAGCGGCUUUGGCUUUGGCGGCUUCGGGGCGGCGCUGGAGAGCCGCGCGGCGGCGGCGGCGCUGCCAGGCGGCAGUGGCGGCGGCGACGACGACCUGGCGGAGGAUGGCGACAGCGACGGCGACAGCGGCUCACAUGCGGUGGCGCGCCCGGGCGGCCGCCGCAGGCUUGCCAGGGGCAGCGACUCGGAAAGCGGGGAGGAGGUCAACUCGCCGGGCACCGGCGGCAAGGCGCCCCCUCCUCGCGCCGCGCCACCCGCCUUCGGCAUGCCCCCAGCGCCCAGCAGCAUGACCUUCCCCGCCUUUGGCGCGCCCACAGCUGCGGCCGCGUCCGGCAGCAGCGGCGGAGCGACCAGCAGCGCUACAGGUCCCUUCGGCGGAGCCGGCGGCGGCUUCGGCUUCGGCGCUCCAUCCGCGUCCACGGCCUUCGGGACGUCGCUGUUCGGGGCGGCUGCGCCCGCAGCCCCGGCCCUGGGCUCAGGCGGGGGCCUCUUUGGUGCGCCCAAGCCGCCGGCCAUGCCGUCCGCCGGCUUUGGCUUUGGCAUGGGUGACUCGAAGCCACCGGCCGUGGAGGCAGCGCUGGUGCCGCCCAGUGCGGCUCGCUCCACCAGCAGCAGCGCCGCACCCGCGGCCCCGGGCGGCUUCGCCUUUGGCUCCGGCCCCAGCGCCGUCACCACAGGUGCGUCUAGCGCGCCUGCGGCUGCCGCCCCCGCCCCCGUGGCAGCUGCAAGCAGCGGCGCCAGCGGCGGUGGCUUUGGCUUUGGCUUUGGCAUGCCGGCCUCGCCAGGCGCGGCCGUUGCAGCGACCAGCACCGCCAGCACGGCGCCGGCCGCACCAGCAGCUGUUGGCGGCCUGUUCGGCGCGACCUCGGGCGCCACAGGCAAUAGCAGCGGCAGCAGCUCCGCAGCCCCCGCAACCACCACCACCUCGACCAGUGCACCGUCAGGCGGGCUCUUCGGCGCACCCGCCGCCCCCGCCCCCUCCGGCUUUGGCGCCCCUGCUGCCGGCGGCCUGUUUGGCAGCAGCAGCACAGCCCCCUCUGGGGGCCUGUUCGGCGCGCCUGCAGCUGGGGGCUCCCUUUUUGGCGGCAGCAACGCAACGGGCGUGUCAGGUGGCCUGUUCGGCGCCGCGGCACCCUCCGUGCCCGCGAUGGGUGGUGGCAUCUUCGGUUCCGCCAGCACCGGCGGCAGCACCACCGGCACCGCCGCCUCCAGCGGCGCGGCGCCCUUCAGCGCAGCCGUGGCCUCCGCUGCCGCGCUGUUCGGGGCCAACACCGCCCCCGCCACCGCAGCCGCCCCCGCCUUCUCCUUCGCCAGCACCGGCGCCCCCUCGGCGGCCCCUACGCCGGCGGCCACUAAGCCCGCCGCGUUUGGGUUUGGCUUCGGCGCCCCCGCCCCCGCCCCUGCAGCCGCUCCUCCGGUUCCUGCCGCGGCACCUGCGCCCACGCCCGCCCCUCCCCCCGCGCCCGCCCCUGCGCCGGCACCUGCGCCGGCCCCCAAGCCGGCUGCGCCUGCGUCUGCGCCUGCCUCUGCGCCCGCCCCGGCGGCGCCCUCGGGUCCUAAGCCCGCUGCCGUGAAGAAGGCGCCGGGUCCGGAUGUGCCGCCCUCCAGCGGCGAGCUGGAGGACGCCGAGGACGUGGGCUUUUACUUCAAGUUCUAUGGUGGCAUCGAUUUCUGCGGCCCGGACGCGGCGCCGGCUUCCGACGCGCCGGGCGCCACCAGGCUGGUCGCGGCCAGCAGCAAGCAUGGGCUUGUGUUUUUCAGCGACCUGCAAGGCGUGUACGCGCUCCGCACGUACGACCUGCCUGCGUUGCUGAGCAAGGCCGUGGGCACUGAGAAAUACGCUCGGCCCCAGCCCGCCGACGUGUGCGCCUGGCACGCCGGCCUGCGCGGCGUGACGGCCGUGUGCCUGUCUGCGGACCAGGCGGUGUUGGCGGCGGUGCAGGGCGGCGAGGGCCGCGUCAGCUUCUUCCCCCUGGCUGCCAUGACUGGCCCCGGCUCCGGCGCGCACUGGAGCCUGGAGCUAGGCAGUGUGCAGUCGUUUGCGUGGAGCAAGAGCGGCGCACUGCCCCAGGCGUUCCUGGCCGUGACCGCGGACCGGGCGCUGGUUCUGGGGCGGUAUGGCGACGCCAGCGCCGCGGUGGUGGUGGCUCCGUCUGGCGUGUAUGCCGCGGACUGGUGUCCCUCGGAUGCGCCUGUGUUUGGCUACAGCACGGGCCGGCGCCUGGCUCUGGUGUCCGUGGCGGCGGACCUGUCUGUGUGCGCGGUGGCUGGCUUGCCGCUUGAGCACCCCGGCGAGGCUGGCGCAGUGUUUGAGAGCGUGUCGUGGGUGCUUCCCGAUGCAUUGGUGCUGGGCGCUACACCGGUGGAGGAGGGCGGCGAUGCGGAGGGCACGGACGAGCUGUGCUGCCUGCUGCAGCUACAGGGCUGGUCUGCGGGCAGCGGCGCGGCGCCGUCUGGCGCUGAGCUGCUGACUGCGCCGCCUGGCUUCGUGGAGGACGACUGCACGCCAUGUCUGUCGGGUCCCUACCUGCACGCGGUGUGCCUGCCCAGCUGGGGCGCCAUCGUGCGUGCGCACCGCAAGGCGUCGGACGACCAUGUGCAGUUGCUGCGCGUGCGCGAGGGCGUGUUCGGGUCUGGCGGCGCGGCGCAGGCGGUUGCGAUCACGGAGGACAAGCUGGGCAUCCGCCUGCCCAACGGCCGUGACGGCGACAACAACUAUGUGCUGGGUCUGGCUCUUGACACGACCGUGCCGCUGGACCCCAUCCCCAACCCUCUGAACGCGGAGAAGCCGCCCCUGACGCCGCCGCCUGUGCUGCUGGUGGCGACGUCUGACGGCGUGCUGCGUGUGUACGGCUUUGGCCACGAGGAGCUUUCCAGCCCGGUGCGGCCAGGGCCCGACAGCGUGGUGCCGGUGCCGGCGGCGCCGCCCGCGUGGGCCAGCUCGUCCGGCGCGGCUGCGGUGGGAGGGCCUGGGUCCGCGGCGGACCAGACCGAGGCGGCGGCACGCGCGGCGUUGCCGGACGACGACGAGGACGAUCUGGGUGAGGACGACGAGGAGGACGCCUCGGCGCGCGAGCGGCGGCACGCGGCGGCGGCGGCGGGCGUAGCCAGCGACUCGGAGAGCGGCGAGGAGGUCACCUCGCCGGGCAUCACCGGCAAGGCGCCUCCCGCGGCGCCACCUGCAGCGCCGGCGGCGCCCGCGACCUCAACCGGCCUGUCCUUCCCCGCUGGCGGCAGCUUGUUCGGCGCCCCUGCGGCCCUGGGUGCGGCCGGCGGCGGCGGUUUCAAUUUUAGCUCCGCAGCAGCAGCGGCUCCGAGCCCCGCAGCGGCCACCGCGUCUGCGCCCAGUAGCGGCGGCGGCUUUGGGUUCGGCGUGUCGUCCUCGGCGCCCGCGGCCGCGGCCACAGCGGGCACGGGCCUGUUUGGCGCCGCCACCUCCGCGCCAUCGACCAGCGGGGGCUUCGGCUUUGGCGCGCUGAACUUUGGGACGGCCGGCAGCGGUGCGGCUGGCACGUCUUCCCUCUUCGGCGCGGCUCCGGCUGCGGCUGCCGGCGCCGCUUCCAAGCCUGGCGGCCUGUUCUCACCCUCCCCAGCGGCCUUCUCCAUGCCGGUCGCAUCAGACUCGCUGAUCCCCGCCUCCUCCUUCACGGGGCCCAAGCCCGGCUUCGUGUUCAGCACCCGCGGCGGCAUCACCGGCUACUACAGGGACAGCCCGCCGCAGCCGGCGCCGCUGUCGGCACUGCCUCCGGGCUAUGUGGAGGUCCAGCCCAAGGCCAAGAAGGCCGCCACGGCCGCCACUGGCGCUACUGGCGCAGCACCGGCGGCGGCCGCCGCAGCACCUGCAGCAGCGGCGGCGCCAGUCACGGCCAAGCCGGCAGCCACAGUGACCCUGGCCGCGCCGGUGGCCAAGAGGGCCGCAACGGCGGCUGCGCCCGCCCCGCCGGCGGCGCCGCGGCAGCCGUUUGUGCCGCCGCCGCGGCCGCGCAGUCCGGACGUGCCGCCGCCGCAGCCCAAGCUGGCGUCCGAGUCCAAGGAGGGUGCGGCAGCCGAGGCGUCUUUCCUGCGCGAGCUGCACGCCGCGCGCCGCUCCGCCGCCAAGCUGGCCGCGGUGAUGGCGGACGUGGCGGCGGGCUGCCCGGACGCCUGCGGCCCCGAGCCGCCGCCGGGCGGCUACAAGGCGGUGGCGGCGGGCGUGGCGGGCGUGGCGCGGCGGGCGGCGGCGCUGAGGGCCAACUACGAGCGGGCCAACAAGCGGGUGGCGGCGCUGGUGGACGGGCUGGCGGCGCUGGAGGCGCGGCUGGACGGCCUGCAGCUGUUCAGCGGCGGGCUGGACGGCGGCGGCGGGCUGGGCGGCGGUGGGCGGCUGGCGGCGCUGGAGGAGGCGCUGCCGCUGGAGCCGGCGCUGGAGGGGCUGCGCAGGGACGUCAAUACCCGGCUGGAGGCUCUGGGCAGCUGCCUGGGCGAGCUGGAGGACGUGCUGGACUCGUGGGACGGCCCCGGAGCAGGCGGCAAGUCGGGCGGCUCUGUGCGCCUGUCCACCAGCGUGCUCUACAACACACUGGCGUCAUCGGGCUCGGCGCUGUCCACUGCCGCCGGCCGCAUCCUGGUGCUGGCGGCGCGGCUGGAGGAGGCGGGCGCGCUGCCGGUGGGCGCCAUGAGGGACCCGCACGGCCCCAUCACGGCCCUGGCCGACUGGUGCAAGGGCGGCGGCGCUUCCACUGGUGGCGGUGGCGCCAGGCCCGCCGCCAUCACCGACGGCAGCAGCGCAGCCGACGGCGCCGCCACGCCGGUGGGCAAGGGCACGCCCGGCGGCGCCGCCGACGGCGCCAACGGCGUGGCUGCCAACGGCGUCAACGGCCUGCUGACGUGGCACACGCCCAAGUCGGAGGGCCGCCGGCGCUCUCCGCUGCUGGGCGCCGGCGCCACGCCGCCCAGCCCGACGCAGCCGCAGCCGCCCGUGGCGUCGCCGCAGCUGGCGGCCAUUGACGCCGUGCUGCCGCGGCUGCAGGCGCUUGCUCGCCCCGGCGGCAAGGUGCGUGUGACCAGCGCCGCCCGGCCGCCGCCCGCCGCCGCGCCGCCGCCGCCCGGCUCGGGCCUGCUGCAGCUGCUGGACGCGGCGGUGGCGGCGGGCAGUGCGCUGCCGGGCGGCGCGGGCGAGCCGGCGUCGCCGCCGCGCGCACAGGUCCGGCCCACCCAGAUGAUCAACCUGGAGCCGCCCAAGCCCGCGGCGGCAGCCCCGCCCGCCUUCAACUUCAGCAGCAGCGGCUUUGGAACCACAGCCCCGGCCGCCGGCGCGGCGCCGCCCACGCCGUCGCUCACCGCCAAGCCCGCGGCCCCAGCCCCGGCCGCGGCCGCGCCUGCUGCCGCCAAGCCCAAGCCGGCUGCGGCGGCGGGUGGUCAACCGCCGGUGCCGUCCAUGGCGCAGCUCCAAGCCGCCAACAAGCUGUUGGCGCAAGUCAGCGGCAAACCUCCCGCGGCAGCCGGAGCCGCGCCUGCGGCCGCCAAGCCGCCGGCCGCCGCCGCGGGCGGUCAGCCGCCUGUGCCGUCCAUGGCUCUGUUCGCGCAGGCGGCGCAGCUGCAUCAGAAGGUCACGGCAGGCGGCCAGGCCCCGCCCGGCGCCCGCCCCACCGACUCCGGCUCCAGCGCCGGCAGCACCGCCACCAGCAGGCCGCCCGCAGCCGCCAAGCCGCCCGCAGCCGCGCAGCCGCCGGUGCCCAGCGCCGAGGCCAUGCGGGCCGCCGCCGCCGCGCAGGCCCGGCUGGACCAGCAGAAGGCCGCGGCACCUGCAGGCACGGGCACAGGUGCGGGUGCGGGCGCGACCGGCACAAGCGCCGGCACCGCCGCGGCGGCAGGCAGCGCGGCAGCAUCUGCGGCGGCGGCGGCAGCCCCCAGCACCACGGGCUCUGCCGGCUUUGGCUUUGGCUUCGGCGCCGGCGCCGCUGCCUCCUCCUCGCCGUCGCUGUUCGGCUCGUCGUCCACGGCCGCCGGAGGCACCUCGCUGUUCGGCUCCCCUGCGCCUGUUGCCGGUGGCGGCCUCAACUUCGGCGCGCUGAGCUUCGGCUCGCCGGCGCCCGUCACCGCCAGCUCCGCCGCGGCGUCAGACAGCGCUGCCGCUCCCGCUGCUGCUGGCAGCGGCGGCGGCGGGCUGUUUGGCAGCUUCGGUGCCGCUGCCGGAACCGGCGGCGGCGGCGGCGGCGGCCUGUUCGGCGCUGCGCCCAGUGCGGCGACUGGCGCGGCGGCGGCAAGCUCGGCAGCCGCCUCGGCACCCACAAGUGGCGGCGACGCGGCUGGCGCUGCCAAGCCGGCGGCUGCGGCGGCCAGCGGCGGGCAGCCGCCUGUCCCAUCGCUGUCCAUGUUCGCGCAGGCAUCGCAGCUGCAGCAGCAGGUGGCGGGUGGCGCUGGCACCUCGGCGGCCGCGUCAGCCUCCGGCGCUGCCUCGGCCCCUGCGGCCGCGGCACCCACCACCACUACCACCACCACUGCCCCCAGCAGCAGCGGCUUCGGCACGACCAGCCUGUUCGGGGCCCCUGCCGCCGCGGCCGUCAGCUCGUCCGCUGCAGCAGGUAGCUCCAACGCGGGGGCGGCGGCGGCUGGCUUGUUCAGUGGGUUCGGUCUGGGCAGCAGUGCGCCGGCGUCGGGGGCUGGCACCGCCGGUGCUGCGAGCACCGGUGCCGCGACAUCGCCAUUUGGCAGCUUCGGUGCUCUGGGCGGCAGUGCGCCCACUGCCCCCGCCACCGGCGCCGCCUCCUCGCCCUUCGGCUCCUUCGCCAGCGCCGCCGCCGCCAGUGCCUCCACCGCAGGCGCCUCCGGCUUCGGCGCCUUCAGCUCCUCCCCCGCGGCGCCCGCCGCGCCGGCUGCCGGCGGCUCCAUCUUCGGUAGUUUCGGCGCGCCCGCCGCGCCCGCCGCCGCCAGUCCUGCCGCCCCGGCGGCGCCGUCGGGCUUUGGCGGCGGCGGCACCGGCCCCUUCGGCACCGCCGGCGGCAUCCAGUCCAACGCCGCCAUGCCUGCUGUGCAGCAGGGCGUCUUCUCCUCCUUUGGCGCCGCACCCGCCUUCGGCAGCCCCGCCGCGCCCGCGGCGGCCGCGCCCGCAGCGCCCUUCGGCUCGCCGUCUCCCCUGGGCGGCGGCGGUGGCUCGCCCUUCGGCGCCGCACCCAGCAGCCCUGCGCCCGCGCCACCAGCGACUGGCGGGUCCGCGUUCGGCUCAAACGCGUUUGGUGCGCCCUCGGCCUUCGGCUCGCCUGCACCCGUGCCUCCAGCCGCGCCCGCCGCGCCCUUCGGCAGCUCCUCCGGGUUUGGGCAGUCGUCUGGCUUUGGCGCAGCGGCGCCGUCCAAUCCCUUCACCGGCUUCGCGCAGCAGGCGGCGGCGGCAGCGGGCGCCGCAGGCGCAAGCGGCUUUGGCGCCUUUGGCGGCGCUGCCACCCCCGCUGCCCCCGCGCCACCUGCGCCCGCAGGUGGCGGCUUCGCCGCGUUUGCCGGCCAGGGCGGUGGCUUUGGCGGCUUUGGUGCGGCAGCGCAGCAGCCGGCGGCGGCGGCGGGCGGCUUCGGCGGGGCAGCGGCCAGCGGUGGCGGCUUUGGCGCGUUCGGCGGCGGGGCUGCUGCGGGUGGUGGCGGCGCCGGCGGCUUCGGCACCCCGAGUGCCAGCAGCGGCGCCCCCGGCGGCACCAACCUGUGGGCGGCACGGCGUUGAGGGAGGGGUCUUGGGAGGCGCAGUGGUUGGGUGCUUGCUGUGGGAGGUAGCGAUUGACUUCAGCGCGGCUGAGGGCGUUACAUGGACACAGACGCAGGAUAGGCGCACGUUUGGCGCGCUGCACAGUGCAGCCUACAGUGAGUUGCAGAAUUUAAUUGAUGUCACAGGUGACGCUCUGGUCGUGAGGUAGAGCGGCGUUUCCUGGCAGCCCCAUACCUGUCCGCCCUGGUUUGUGGGGCGGAAGGCUCAUGCUUUCGGAGAAGGGCACGAGUUCACUUGGUUGGGGACUGGGGAGGGGCAAUGCCGGCGUGCACGGAGCACGAUUCAAUCGGGAACAGUUAUUUUAGAGUUUCUGCGUCUCUGUGCAUUACGCAGUAAUCAGCUUACCUAUGUUGCAGGCAUCACCUCUAUCUGUCUGCGUUGAAGCGACUUGAGCUGUUUGCCGACCGAACAAAUCCGCACCAAGCGACUCUGAAUA